AUGCGUGCGCCUUCGACUUUCGCCGCGCUUCUCCGAGACUGCGACGCUUUCCACGAUGCGUCGUUUCCUCUCUUUGUGACUGUGUCCUGCGAUCCCGCAGACCCCUGGUCGUCGCUCGUUCGCGUGCAGCAUGAAGUUGACGCGUUCGCUGCCCGCUGGGCGUCUCGCUCUCCUGCCGCGACGCCGGCUGCUUCUAUGGAGGGUUCAGAACAACAGGCGCCGACUGCCUCGCUGCCUCUGUGCACAGCCCAGGAUGCGGCAGUUCCUGGACUCGCGCAAGCCGAGAAAGGAGGGGAAAGUGGCGAAGAAUCCGCCGACGCAGCGGCGACCACAGAGCCUCCGCCAUCGGAGGUGUACGUGCAGGAGGUUUGGGCGAGCGACUUGUGCGACAGGGAAGGAAAGGGGCGCACGCGGCACCAGUCUCUGCACGACUGUUUUCUCAGGUUUCUAGCUGCCUCCGCCAAGAGGAAAGUCCUUCUCCUCAUGAACGCCGACGCGUGGCUCCUCUCUCCCUACCCGCUCUCUGGCCUUCUCCCUGCGGUCGCGGAAGCAGAUCCGCGAGCCGACGCCGCGGCAAACACCUCUCCUGGCGCCCGUUUGGCUGCGGCGCUUGGCGAGGCUCUAGCGGCGCAGCUCGAAGACAGCGACGAGGAGGAAGGCGACGAAGAGGAAGGGCCCCGCGAGCGAGAAGAGGGCGACGACGGGCAAGCGGGCAAGCUGCAUGCCCUCUCUCAUGGAUCGAACCGCCGGCAGUGUGCGCGCGCCCGCUGGCGGGCGCGCGAGCAAGAAGACAUCGAAGAGGAACUCGGGAGUCUGCUUCGCUGGCUGCAGGAGGCACUUCUCCUUCAGAUGCAGCCGCGUGAUGACGAUCUGUUGGCGGGCGAGGAUGAGCGCCUUCUCCUCGAACAUGCAGUGGGCUUCCUCUCUGAGAGCGACUUCACUGAUCGUGCGAAGCCGAGCUGGUUUCCCUCGCUGCCCACGCUGUCUGAGCGGGGGCGCCGCGCGUCGCCUGGCUGCCCUUCGACGCUCGCCUCCUCGCGUGCGCCCUGCGCGCUCGUCGUAGCCAUCCUCCACCAGCCACUUCGCGCUGGGACGCUCUUUGACAGGAUGUUUUCUCUCCACUUCGCGGCGUCACAGAUUCGCAGUCGAUGUCCGCGGAGUCUGCGCGAGGCGCGCGGACUCAGUGAAGCAGAGGCGCGUGAGGCUGAAGCGGUGCGUGACGCCGAAGAGGCGAGUGACUUUGGAGAUGAGAGUCUCCGGCAAGCGGCACUGGGCGCGCUGGCCGCGUUGGCAGACGAGCCGAUUCUCGAGUGCGAAGAAAACUGGGACGAAGUUAUGCGGCGGAUUCUCCAUAGCCCCGCGGCAGCAGCAGCGACGCAUGCGGACGCCGACCGCGGGAGAGGCAGCAACGGCGAGGCGGAGGAUGCGGCGGAGCUCGGAGGCGGACGCGGACUGGAGCUGGGAGCAGAGAACAGGCAGACCCCCGCGCAGGCGCAUCCGCGCUGCGACACCGUCAAAUCUGAGUGGCUAGAGGGCGCAGAGGCGGAGGAAUACCGAGGCCGAUCGACGCGCGAGGAAGCCGAAGACGACGCGCUGACGGCGCAUGCGGAUUCGUGCGUUUUUGUGAACCGUCGGGGCGGUUGCGGCUCGCGUAGAAGUGAGGAGGGAGGUGCUCCCUCGGAUGCCGACGAGGACGGGGACGGCAGCGCUUCGUGCAUAAGUUGUAUCCCGUGGACUGAGGCAAGGGAUGACAACGGAUACAUCCUCGAUUCCAGAGAACGGCGCCUGUUGAAUGACUGGAAACGUCGAGCGGGCCUGGGUCGACCGGCUUCGAGUGGACUGAAACCAAGCUGCUUUCAGCCCCCUCCCCAUUCAGAUUCUUCCUCAUCGUCGCCUCCUCCUGCCCCUUUUUCUGUUUCCAUGUCAUCUGCUUCUUCGUCAGCUGAAUGCGCAGUUUCGGGUUGCGCGGCCGGCUGUGUGUCUGCUCAGUCUGCCUCGCCUGUCGAUCGGUCUGUGGCUGCCGGAGCCUCGGGUGCGCUUCGUUCUUUUUCUCUGCUCCCUCCGCCUCCCUUCGCGGCGCCGCUCGCCUUCGGAGACGUCUCCAUCCAUCCAGAGGGGCGACGCGGGCGCGCGGAUGAGCCCGCGCACACAGAAGGCAAUGCCAGUGAACCUGGUUCAAUCCGCGUCGCUUGCGGCAGCGCGAGCGACUCGUCACAGAGAGGGCGAGAGGCGGAAGACAGCGACACAGUGGGGAAGACGAGCCGCAGCCUCCUGGACGCCGAUGGUGAGACGUCCUCGCUCUGCUUGUUCGAGCAGGCGAACCUGAGUCGCGGCCUGCCUGCGCUCCAGUUUCUGCCUCCGGGCGGGGAAGCGCCGGCGUUUGUCGUCAGACUCCCCGCGGUCUCCGUGCGACAGCGUCCAGCAGCCGACACGGAGGACGAGAGCAAGGACGGUGCGCGAGGCACGCCCGCGCCUUCGAUGCGGCCUUCUUCCUCGUCUUCGUAUGAUGUUUCUUCUUUGCCUGCUUGUAAUCUGUCAGCUCCUGGAUCUGUGCCCGCCGAGAGAGAUGCGGCGGGCGCUGCGUUGUCUUCUGCAUCCACGGCGAGCGCGUCUGUCGGCGUCGCGCUGCCUGGGCUUGCCACCUCAGACGCAACCCCCGAGGGCGCGGGCGACUCAGAGGCCGCGGCCUGCAAGCGGCCGCCGCGCGGGCUGGAAUGGGGGGGAGGGGGAGGGCGAGAGGGGGGGGGUCGUGGCGGCGGCGCCAUUCACACGCACGUCGGCGAGCUGCUCCAGGCCCUCGUGGGGGGUUCGCAGCGCGCGCUUUUGAAGAUCUUCGCAGACGCUGCGGGCACGCGCCCGCAUGCAGCCGUGUGUGUCGAGGGGCUUGACGCCGCGCUCGGACUGAAAGGAGAAGGCUGGGAGGCGGAGGAUGUCAACGAAACUCCACGCAAGACCGAAGCCGCAAGAAGCCAGGGUAGCCAGAACUAUCCGCGCAGUGCGGCGAACGACGAACUCGAGGACGCCGGAUCGAGCGAGGAUGACUUCUUCGCGAGCGAGGCAGACAACGAAAGUGAGGUUUUCAGCGAUGAUAUAAGUGAAGACGAAGACGGCAGGUUUUCCGAGGAGGACUCCGCGGCGCACGAGGUUCAGCGAGACCUGGCUCAGUUCUUCGAGACGCUCGUUCAGGUGUAUGUACACCACUUGGGAGUCCCGCUUUGCUGCACCGUCAGCAUUCGCCCAGAAAGCGUUCCACCGGAGAUUCUUCGGUGUUUCACGCAGAUAAUUCUUCUGCGGCCUAUCCACUACUGCCUGGAACACCGCAGAAAGGCCUAG